GUCUCCACAACUGGAGGAGAAGAUGAGGCGACGCCUCAAGGAGUGCGUUUGCUACCACAACGACAUAGACAGGUGUGUUCAGCGACUGAGUUCCCUGCUGGGCCCCGUGAUGCUGGGACAGUUCCUCACAGACAUCGUCACCAUCAGUGCCAGUGCCUUUGUAGCUACAAUGCUGAAAGCGGACUCGGGGUGGCUGUUGAAGUACGGCUCAUAUCUGUCUGGCACGAUCGAGCACAUGUUCCUGUUCUGUUGGUUCGGCAACGACAUUUUGACGGAGAGCGAGCGGCUGCAGCUGUCGGCGUACAGCAGCGACUGGGCGGACGCCUCGCCUCGCUUCCGGAAGGAGUUGCGGAUCUUCCUGUGCCGCAGCCAUCGGCCGCUCAUCCUCACCGCCAGCAAGUUCUGCGCCAUCUCCAGGCAGACAUUCCUCCGGCUGAUGAACGCUUCCUAUUCGUACUUCGCGCUGUUGAAUCAGCUGAGCUCCGAAUGACUGAUGUCGUGCUGCCUCCC